AUGGAGCCCGACAUCGCUAAGAUCGCAAACGUGAUCCGCCCUUUCACAGGUCUUUGUGGUCUCGGAAAGGACAUUGAUGUCAAGUUCUUGGCCGCAGGCUUGUUCAACAAAGUCUACAUUGUCUCGUCUACGGACAAAGACAGUAAGGGAACCAAGGAAUGCAUUUUCCGUUGCGCACUUCCAGAUUUUCCUUGGUACCGCACACAGAUCGAGGUCUCUACCAUGGAGUAUGUUCGCCACAACACUACCAUUCCAGUUCCUAAGAUCUAUGCCUUCGACUCCUCGAUGGAUAACGAGCUUGGCCUUGAAUGGAUACUCAUGGAAAAGGUCCAGGGUACUACCUACGCGGACGCCCAAUCCAAGAUGACAUUUGAAGCCAAGGUUGAAUUGCACAAGACUGUAGCCGACUGGGUUGACCAACUUUCCCGCAUCCAAUUUGAUACGAUGGGAUCUCUGUAC